AUAACACUGAUUUGCUGGCAAAAAAAACAUUUAUCAUUUUUGGAACAAAACAUUUGGAAAUCCUGAUCAAAAUGGCACAUAAAAUGAAGGCCAUCAAGUGCCCCACGGAUGAGCUGUCGCUGACGAACAAGGCCAUCGUGAAUAUCAAUGAUUUCACCGAGGAAGUAAAAUAUGUGGACAUCUCGCCGGGACCCGGACAGCACUACAUUUUCGCGUUGGAGAAGAUAGCGGAGCUGCCACGUGAUCAUGUGGGCUUCUCGCUGGUGCAGCGCAAGUGGGCGACGCUGUCCAUCAACCAGGAGAUCGAUGUGCGUCCGUACCGCUUCGACGCCAGCUCUGACAUCAUCACUCAAGUCUCCUUUGAGACGGACUUUCUGCAAAAGAAGACCACCACGCAGGAGCCCUACGAUUCGGACGAAAUGGCCAAGGAGUUUAUCAUGCAGUUCUCGGGCAUGGCCCUGACUGUGGGCCAGUCGCUGGUCUUUCAGUUCAAGGACAAGAAAUUCCUCGGCCUGGCAGUCAAGACGCUGGAGGCGGUGGAUCCGCGGACCGUGGGCGAUGGCAAGGAGCCCAAGUCGCGGAAUGUCCGUUUCGGCCGCAUCCUGGGCAACACGGUCGUGCAGUUCGAGAAGGCCGAGAACUCGGUGCUGAAUCUGCAGGGCAGGUCCAAGGGCAAGAUUGUGCGUCAGUCGAUCAUCAAUCCGGACUGGGACUUUGGCAAGAUGGGCAUCGGCGGCCUGGACAACGAGUUCAAUGCCAUCUUCCGGCGAGCCUUUGCCUCGCGCGUCUUCCCGCCCGAGCUGGUGGAGCAGCUGGGCAUCAAGCACGUGAAGGGCAUCCUCCUCUAUGGACCACCCGGCACUGGCAAGACGCUGAUGGCCAGACAGAUUGGCACCAUGCUGAAUGCUCGCGAGCCGAAGAUCGUGAACGGGCCGCAGAUCCUGGACAAAUAUGUGGGCGAAUCGGAGGCCAACAUCCGGCGGCUGUUUGCUGACGCCGAGGAGGAGGAGAAGCGGCUGGGACCCAACAGCGGGCUGCACAUCAUCAUCUUCGACGAGAUCGAUGCCAUCUGCAAGGCGCGUGGCUCCGUGGCGGGCAACAGCGGCGUCCACGACACCGUGGUGAACCAGCUGCUGGCCAAGAUCGACGGCGUGGAGCAGCUGAACAACAUCCUCGUGAUCGGCAUGACCAAUCGCAGGGACAUGAUAGAUGAGGCGCUGCUCCGCCCUGGCCGCCUGGAGGUUCAAAUGGAAAUCAGUUUGCCCAACGAGCAGGGCCGCGUCCAGAUCCUCAAUAUCCACACGAAACGGAUGCGGGACUUCAACAAGAUUGCCAGCGAUGUGGACAACAUCGAGAUCGCGGCCAGGACAAAGAAUUUCAGUGGCGCAGAACUGGAGGGUCUGGUGCGUGCCGCCCAAUCGACGGCCAUGAAUCGACUCAUCAAGGCGGACUCCAAGGUGCACGUUGAUCCCGAGGCCAUGGAGAAACUGAAGGUCACCCGCUCGGACUUUAUGCACGCCCUGGACAACGACAUCAAGCCAGCAUUUGGCACCGCACAGGAGAUGCUGGAGAACAUGCUGGCUCGCGGCAUUAUCAACUGGGGUUCGCCUGUGUCGGAGCUGCUGGAGGAUGGCAUGCUGUACGUGCAGCAGGCCAAGGCCACGGAGAGCUCUGGCCUGGUUUCCGUUCUCAUCGAGGGUGCGCCCAACUCUGGCAAAUCUGCGCUGGCCGCUAACCUCGCCAAGAUGAGCGACUUCCCCUUCGUGAAAGUUUGCUCGCCCGAGGACAUGGUCGGCUUCACGGAGUCCGCAAAGUGCCUGCACAUACGCAAGAUCUUUGACGAUGCCUACCGCUCGACACUCAGCUGCAUUGUGGUGGACAAUGUGGAACGGCUGCUGGACUACGGAUCCAUUGGACCCCGCUACUCAAAUCUCACGCUGCAGGCGCUGCUGGUGCUGCUCAAGAAGCAGCCGCCAAAGGGCCGCAAGCUGCUCAUUCUGUGUACGUCGAGUCGUCGCGAGGUGCUGGAGGAGAUGGAAAUGCUGCCGGCCUUCACAUCCGUCCUGCACGUGUCCAAUCUGUCCAGCCCCGAACACGUGCUGGCCGUGCUCGAAGAUUCGGAUCUGUUUAGCAACGAGGAGCUGCAGAGCAUUGCCCGGAAUAUGGCCGGCAAACGGGUCUGCAUUGGUAUCAAGAAGCUGCUGGCGAUAACAGACAUGAUCCGCCAGUCGGAGCCCAACCAUCGCGUCGUCAAGUUCCUGUCCAAGCUGGAGGAGCAGGGCGGCCUGUCCAUGGUGGCGCGUCCCCACUAGCUACCGACCGUUGCGGAGCUCCGCCUGUCCGUCGUGGAGCUCAACGAUGCUUUCUAGGCACUACAACGAUGGAUGCUUGCCCAUUCCAUCAGCUCAAAUAUUGUGACCCCGAACACGAAAUCGGACAGCAAAGAAAUUUCGCUUUGAUCUGGCGAACAUUCCAUGGGUAGAAUGGGUGGCCUGGAAACCUUGCCUGUCCCCCAGUCUUGCGUGUCUUGUGUGUGUAAUUAUUGUAAUUAGUCGUCCCCUAGCUGUAUUAUUAUUUAACCAAUUUAAUUAGCCCUUGGGAAUAGUUCAUUAAAGUUGUAUUAGAACAUUUUGUAAGCGCAAACAAAAAACCUAAAAUGUAACUGAAUGAUUUGAGAUAUGUCCAAGUAUAAUCCUAGCCUCGCUCGCUGUCUAAGCCCAAAUGUCAUGAACGAACCAACUAACCAAAAGACUUUCUGUAACUGGCAUUUAGCGACCAAGGAAUUGCAUUGCCCGAAACUAGUCAAAUGGCAUAAAACACA